AUGAAGUUCAUCAAUAUCUCCGCCCUAGCCAUCUCCCUUGCCUCCACUGCCUUCGCCUGGAAAGCCGUCGACUACCACGGAACAACAGACUGCAACAUCAUCGGAAAUACUGGAUUUUGGCGUGCCUACAACGGCACCGACUCCGGGGUGUGCCAUAACUUUGAUUCUGGCGAUUCCACCUCUACUUGUCAACAGCGCAGUAUGGCUGAUGGGUUGACGGACUGUGGAUCUGGAAACCUUGUCUCUGCAAGUGUAGCUACUGGAUCUGAUCAGUGCGAGUUCUUUGAGUCGAUUGACUGUGCUGGUUACUCUCGUACUAUUGAUGCUGGUACUUGUGUCACUGGCGUGUACCGAUCUUUCUCUUGUCCUGAACUCUAG